AUGGCGGAGCUGAGCCGGGACGAGCUCGGCGUGGGGAAGCCGGCCGCGGAGCUUCUGCUGCAAGGCUGGAAGGAGAGGCGUCAAGUGGAAGCGCUGCAGAAGAUGAUGCUGAAGUGGUUCCCCACUGGCAUCCGCAUCCGCUUGAACAAGGAAUUCCAGCAGCCGAGCAACCAGCCGGUCUUUCAAGUGGUGAUCAACGGCCAGACGCUGGUGAGCAAGAAGUGGACUAACUUCACAUCGGAGUGCGAGUCUGGGCUUUGGCCCACGGACCGCGCGAAGAUCAGGGCUCAGGUGAGCAGAAUCUUCGAGGAGGCAGUUGUCUCCGCGCAUGAGUUCACGUCCGAAGGCGACUUCAGUCUGGCCGAGCCCAAGACCGACAACGACCCCAUCGUGUGGGUGGCGCCGACCAUGGCCUUCGCCUGCCGCUAG